AUGGCAGCGCGGGCAAGAGAGCAGAGGACCGGCGAGCUGGGCGGCCGCAUGGCCGAGGAGCUGGCGAGCUGUGGGCCGUCCGGCAGCUGCUGCGGCGGCUGCGGCGGGGCGUCCAGCGUGCAGUGCCUGAUCUGCCUGAGGCGGGGCGUGCGGCCAGCCCCGACGUUCUGCGGGCCGGCGUGCUACCGGGAGCACUGGAAGUCGCACAGGAGGAGCGGCGCGGACGAGAGGAGCCCGUCGUCCAGUCCGGAGUUGAAACCCAGCAGCCCCCUGUCGCAGCCCUCCCCGCCCUCCCACGCCUUCGUGCCCAUCCACUCUGCACCGCCCGCCUCCGCAUCCCCCCUGCACCAGCCCAUGGAUUCCAAGCACCUGCAGCCGCAGGUGCCCAGCGGCCACACACGCCACCUGUCCAGGGGCUCGAUCAGCUGGGGAAAUGGCUACUGGCAGGGUGCGCCAGGCACCUGCCACCCCACGCAGUGGUACCCAGAUGGCAAGUGGGGCCCUGUGCCGGGAGUGGUGUCCUUCCCCAGGGUUGUGGCCCAGGAGCAAGUGGUGGGGCCAGUGGCAGGGUGGAAUGGGUAUGGACCGUCGAGGUAUGUGGACCCCCACUUCAAGUACUGGGGCAACUACUAG